GUUCACUUCACGAAGCAACCUCCAAACCCACGGCGGUCCUUAUCCUUAUAAUUACUUCACCUCUUCGCGCCUUCCACUUUUCAAUCUCAACGCCAAUCUAUUCUCUUCUCUUGAUUCAAAAUUCUCUCUGUUCAAUCAUGGGUCCGACGGGGGACCGAUCCGAGAUUGCCUUCUUUGAUGUGGAGACCACUGUUCCGACCCGCCAAGGGCAGAGAUUUUCCAUUUUGGAGUUUGGAGCCAUUCUGGUGUGCCCUAGGAAGCUGGAUGAGUUGGAGAGCUAUUCCACUCUCGUUCGACCCUCUGAUCUCUCCCUCAUUUCCUCCUUAUCUGUGCGAUGCAAUGGAAUUACUAGAGAUGCCGUCAUUUCUGCUCCUACUUUCGCCCAAAUUGCUGAUAGGGUUUACGAUAUCCUUCACGGGCGGAUAUGGGCUGGCCAUAACAUACUGAGAUUUGAUUGUGCUCGAAUAAGGGAGGCUUUUGCAGAAAUUGGUAUGCCAGCACCACAGCCGAAAGGUACAAUUGAUUCAUUGGCAUUGUUAACUCAAAAGUUUGGAAGGAGAGCUGGCGACAUGAAGAUGGCUACUCUUGCUUCCUAUUUCGGGAUAGGACAACAAACACACAGGAGUUUGGAUGAUGUUAGGAUGAAUCUCGAAGUUCUGAAGUAUUGUGCAACUGUCUUGUUUCUGGAAUCAAGUCUUCCCGAAGUUUUCCCAGAGAACAGUUGGGUUUCUCCAAAUGCUGUUACUAGGCGUCGUGCUGCAAAAUCAUCCCCACAGGGGACUAAUGCAAAUAAUAGUGCUGCAAAAGCAUCCCCACAGGGGAUUAAUGCAAAUAGUAAUACUCGUUCGUCAAGUUCAAGGAUUGGUGGUAGCCCCAUAUCUCUAACAGAUCAACAAGGGGAAGCUCAUCCGAUAUUAUCCCUUGUAACUUGCAGCUCUGAGGAUGGAGCCUCGAAUCUGGUGGCUGACUCUGAUGCAACUGAAUCAGAUUCUUUUAACAUGGGCACUCUCAGUGACCAAAUAGCAGGUGAAUCGCUUGAAACAGAUACCAGCAUGGAAGAAGAACAUGCCUCGGUAUCCACUGAAGCAUCUCCCACAGAGAAUACUUCCACAAGUAUUAGCUCUGCUACUGAAUUUUUGGAGCCUGACCAGGUGUCUGUUUCGUCCAUCACUGCAUCUUUCGUGCCAUUUUUUCGUGGGAGUCAAAGAAUACAAUUAUCACACAAAGAUGACUGCUUACAGCUUCUUUGUAAUAAUCUGAGAGUUCGAUUUGGCAUAAGCACAAAAUUCACUGAUUAUGCUGGCCGUCCAAGGUUGAAUUUUGUGGUCGAUGUACCACCAAGUUUAUGCAGGGUUCUUGAAGCAUCUGAUGGCGUGGCUCAGAGAUUAUUCUCCGAAUCUGGCAGCGGCUCUGAGUGGAGGCCUGUGGUGAUGAGAAAGAAUGGCUAUUUCAACUACCCGACAAUGAGAUUACACAUUCCAACUGCAGUAAGUGGAGACAUGGCGAUUUACGCUACAGAGAUGUAUCAAAAAGAAGCAUCAGGCGGUGCACAAAGGCUGAUAUUCAGUAAAUUCGACGCUGUAGAGCUUGAUAGCCUGAUCAAUCCAGGAGGCAUCAUAGAUGCAUUCAUUUCCUUGGAUACAUAUGACUAUCAACAGAGUGCAGGCAUUAGAUUGGUAGCAAAAAAAUUGAUCAUCCAUUCCUAGGAAUGGGAGAUCAAGUUGUCCCAUUAUUGAACUAGCUCUGAUGUCGUUAUUAUACUUAGUUCACUGACUAACAUUCAAAUUGUCAAUAAAUCCCCUUUCAUUAUUUAAAAAAAAAAACAUCCUUUUCCAUUUGUCUGCUUUGUUUGAUUGUAU